UCUCGCUCCAUUCCGUUCCGCUGGGUUUUUGAGUGGCGCUGCCAUCGCCUUGCAUUGCCGGGAGAGCAGCAGCCCCAGGGCGGGCGGAGGGCUCUUUGUCGCCGGCGGCAGGUCUGGAGGUAGUAGGAUGCGGCUGGACCGGUGAGAGAGAAAUUUUGCCCCUGACCCUGCUGUGCUUCUUCCUCACUACUGAAUAACUGCCAGAAGAACAGAAGAUCAAGAGUGAAUAUAUGAAGGAAGACGUUGAGGGCUGUGCUGAAGAUGAGGCGACUGAAUCGGAAGAAGACCUUGAAUUUAAUGAAGGAGCUGGAUGCCUUUCCAAAAGUUCCUGAAAGUUACAUAGAGACUUCAGCAAGUGGAGGAACAGUUUCCUUAAUAGCAUUUACCACGAUGGCCCUCUUAACCAUCAUGGAGUUUACAGUAUAUCGAGAUACCUGGAUGAAAUACGAGUAUGAAGUAGAUAAGGACUUUAUUAGUAAAUUAAGAAUCAAUAUAGAUAUUACUGUUGCAAUGAAAUGUCAAUAUAUUGGUGCCGAUGUGUUGGAUUUGGCAGAAACAAUGGUUGCCUCCGCUGAUGGAUUAACUUAUGAACCAGUAAUAUUUGAACUCAGUCCUUUGCAGAGAGAAUGGCAAAGGAUGCUGCAUAUCAUUCAGAGCAGGCUGCAAGAAGAACACUCUCUUCAAGACAUAAUAUUCAAAAGCGCUUUUAAAAGUGCUUCAACAGCACUGCCACCAAGGGAGGACAACUCACUGCAGCCGCCAGAUGCUUGCAGAAUUCAUGGGCACCUGUACGUUAAUAAAGUAGCAGGGAACUUUCACAUAACUGUGGGCAAGGCAAUUCCUCAUCCGAGAGGUCAUGCGCACUUGGCAGCCCUUGUGAGUCAUGAAUCAUACAACUUCUCUCACAGAAUAGAUCAUUUGUCUUUUGGUGAGCUCAUUCCAGGGAUUAUUAAUCCUUUAGAUGGUACUGAAAAAAUCGCAUCAGACCAUAACCAGAUGUUCCAGUACUUCAUCACAGUUGUGCCAACAAAGCUUCAUACACAUAAAAUUUCAGCAGAAACUCAUCAGUUUUCAGUGACAGAAAGGGAAAGAGUGAUCAACCAUGCAGCUGGGAGUCAUGGUGUAUCUGGGAUUUUCAUGAAAUACGACAUCAGUUCGCUUAUGGUGACAGUGACAGAGGAACACAUGCCUUUCUGGCAGUUUUUAGUGAGACUUUGUGGUAUCAUUGGAGGAAUCUUUUCUACUACAGGAAUUUUACAUGGCAUUGGAAGAUUUAUAGUGGAAAUUGUCUGCUGUCGUUUCAAACUGGGGUCAUAUAAAUCUACAUCUGUCACAUUUCAAGAUGGCCAACUAAACAACCAUGUACCUCUAAUGACAGAUGACACUAUUCAUUAGCACCUUCUUUGGAAACUGUUAUCCUUUCUGCCUAAUGCAGAAGACAUUUUUUAUAACAAAACAUUGUGCAAUAUGUUAAGACAGUGCUGAUGGGCAGCAAAAAAAAAUCAAGUCUUUUAAAAAAAACAAAACACAAAACACAUCUGUGUGACUUGUCUGUCCUUUAAAGAAUUCAGAAAGAGGACAAGAAACCCUAAUGAAAUCGAUCUCUCUUCUUGAGUGAGCAGAUUCGUUCUUUGGAUGUGACUCUAAUUCAUUCAACCAUUUUAUAGAAACUGCAGUUGACCUGCUGAAAUAACAGCAGUUGGCAUUCUGGAUACAAAGUGUUACUGAAAGCCACAAAUGUGAACAUACAAAGGAGCAAAGUUGGAGGGGUGUGCAGGACCGGUUUAAGACCAGAGAUUUUCUUGUUAUGUUGUUUUUAAAAGUAGCAUAUAAGGCGUUUCCUUUCCCCCAGCUGCCCAGUACAUCGAAAAUAUCUAAGUGCUGUUAACAAGCAAAUAGAAAUUCGGGAAGUGAAAAAUAAUUUGAAAAAAAGUAAGAGAAAGAAAGUGUUAAUAUGCUACAGAGAGCCCAAUCUGGAUGCCAUGUGUGCAUUGAGAGAUUAUUUUUAAAGCAAACAUGGAAAAUAACAUUUUUAGCACAUACAAAGAGUGUGGAAUGGGAUGGGGAUCAUGUGUGCUGAUAAUUUCAUAAAUUGUCAAGGCUGAUCUUGUCAUGGGAGUCAUGUUCCCUCCUUGCUGGUGGUCCCCUCAUUUCAUUAUUUUGGUCAAGAACGAUCAUUGCUGUUA